CGGGGCCAGCGCCGCUGCGGGAGGAAGGGGGCGGAAGAAGUGAAGGGGUCGUGGCUGGUGCCGUCGGGAGCCGCUGCCGCCGCCGCGGGUGCGAGCUCCGGAGAGGAACAGGGAGAAGCUGCAGGCAGCAAUUCCAGAUAUCUAUUCAGCCGCGGACCUCACUAAACUUCUAGAGAAAUUUGUUAAUUGAACAUUGAUAAUCAAAGAGAGUGCCAGCCCCCGUGAAGUGGGGACUAAGUAGCCUGGUUAAUAAAGCCUUCUGAAAGGCUUAGCCUGGAAAACAUAAAAUCAACGUGCCGCCAUUGAUUUUUUUAAGUGUUUUUCAUUUUCCAAAAACUACCAGCCUUGCUUAUGUUUGUGACUGCUGCUGGUUCUUCUGCUACCGUUACUGUUAAAUACAGCAACUGCACGAGAACCAUUUUGUUUGGUGUCUGGUAAGCCCGGCAACUCUUCUUCCCGAGUAAUCAGCACAAUCACUUGUUGAUACCAAAUGUUGCUGGCCAUGGAUGUUAGGAAAAAGAAUAUUCAAGGUGGACGGGACCUCGGUGGUGAUGCAGGCCAUCGUGUCAUCAGUAAAAACUGAUUCCUGAAAGCUGGGGUGUUUUUUUCUCAUCUGGCUUGCCAAGAGAACUUUGCAAAUGUUACACGGUUGCUUUGAUGUCAGAGCCUGUAUAGCAGGCUGAAAUAAUGGAAACAUACACACUCUGCCAAAAUUCAGGCUCUGGCUUCGUCCAGAUACUAAGGUUGGAGCGAAGAACUCCUUGGAAGUAUUUUCCAUGUAUGGUUUGUGCUGUUCUUCGAGUCAGCGGGUCCACCAUGGUAAUUGACCAAUAACUGCUUUGCCAUCUUCACUUAAAAGUGCAGCAGACCCAUGGACUCUCAUUAGUGUAUCAUCUCUGACACUGCCUGAAGUGGCAGCAGCAGUGGCAUGUCCAGCUUCAUGUUGAACAUGAGCCUUGUUAUGAUCAUUGAGAAUGUGAAGUUGGCCCGUGAAUAUGCCUUACUGGGAAAUUAUGACUCUGCGAUGGUCUACUACCAGGGAGUUCUUGACCAAAUGAAUAAGUAUCUGUACUCUGUGAGAGAUACCUAUCUGCAACAGAAAUGGCAGCAGGUUUGGCAGGAGAUAAGUGUGGAAGCUAAGCAUGUGAAAGAUAUAAUGAAAACACUGGAGAGUUUUAAAUUAGACAAUACUCCAUUGAAAGCCUCGCAACAAGAAUUGCCAGCUCACGAUGCAGAAGUCUGGUCUUUGCCAGUACCUGCUGAACGUAGACCUUCGCCAGGACCCAGGAAGCGUCAGUCUGCUCCGUGCAGUGAUUGCAGAGGUCACAAUAAUCGUGUAAGUGCGGCCGUCAGAGGCUCUCACCGUCCGUCCUCUCGAAACCCCAGUGAUAAAGGGAAGGCAGUCCGCAGCCGGGAAAAAAAGGACCAGCAAAAUAAAGGAAAAGAGGAAAAGAACAAAUCUACAUCUGAGAUUUCAGAGUCUGAACCAAAGAAAUUUGAUAGUACUGGAUAUGACAAAGAUUUAGUAGAAGCUUUGGAAAGAGAUAUAAUUUCUCAGAAUCCCAACAUUCGAUGGGAUGACAUUGCUGAUUUAGUAGAAGCCAAAAAGCUGCUGAAGGAAGCUGUAGUUUUACCAAUGUGGAUGCCAGAGUUUUUCAAGGGGAUUAGAAGACCGUGGAAGGGUGUGCUGAUGGUUGGUCCUCCUGGUACUGGAAAGACCCUCCUAGCAAAAGCUGUAGCCACUGAAUGCAAGACAACUUUUUUCAAUGUUUCUUCUUCCACACUUACCUCAAAAUACAGAGGAGAAUCUGAGAAACUUGUUCGUCUGCUGUUUGAAAUGGCUCGAUUUUACGCCCCAACAACCAUAUUUAUUGAUGAGAUAGACUCCAUCUGUAGCCGCAGGGGAACUUCAGAGGAGCAUGAAGCCAGCCGACGUGUGAAGGCAGAACUGCUAGUUCAAAUGGAUGGUGUUGGGGGAGCUACUGAAAAUGAUGAUCCUUCUAAGAUGGUCAUGGUACUUGCUGCUACUAAUUUUCCUUGGGAUAUUGAUGAAGCUCUAAGACGGAGGCUAGAAAAGAGGAUUUACAUUCCUUUACCAUCAGCCAAAGGUAGAGAGGAGCUCCUAAAAAUAAAUCUGCGAGAACUGGAACUGGCUGAUGAUGUUGACCUUGCAAACAUAGCUGAGAAAAUGGAGGGUUAUUCAGGUGCAGACAUUACCAACGUAUGCAGAGAUGCGUCAUUGAUGGCUAUGAGGAGGCGUAUUGAAGGCUUGACACCAGAAGAAAUAAGAAAUCUUCCCCGAGAUGAAAUGCACAUGCCUACAACUAUGGAAGACUUUGAAAUAGCUUUGAAAAAAGUUUCUAAAUCUGUUUCUGCUGCGGACAUUGAGAAAUAUGAGAAAUGGAUAGUUGAGUUUGGAUCAUGUUGAGUUGUCUUCUCUUGAAGAAACCACCUUAUGUCUUAAAACAGCUUUAGAAGUAAUCGGUGAUGUCAGUGCACUGCAUGCUCUUUUUAACUUUUGUAAUUUAAGAGCAACAGAUGUCUAAAUAAAUUUUUUUUUCUAAAA